ACAUGGCGAGGGGCGAAGCGGGAUGUCGCGGGGGGGGCCGCGCCCGUCACCGCCGGCUCCGCGGGCAGCGCCUGUGCUCCGGCAUUCGCCCCGCGGGCAGCGCGGCGGCGGGAGGAGGAAACAACAACUCGCGGCCGCCCGCGACGCCGCCGCCACCGCCAGCAGCCGCCAGCGCGAUCCUUCCGCACGGAGAAAGAGUCCCUUCCUCCUCCGCUCCGCUCCGCGCCCCCCGCCUCAGCCCCGCAGCGCGGCGCCCCUCCCCCCAAGUCCCCGGGCGGGGAGGGAGGACGGGCGGCCCGCGGCUCCCGCCCCGCCGACACCGAGGGGAACAGCGUUGACCGGCGGCCCGGGCGGCUCGCGAGGGGAGAAGAUGUCGGAGCGGCGGAGGCGGGGCGGGCGGGAAGGCGGCGGGCGGGAUGAGGGGAGGCCGCUUUCUCUUCUCUGCGCCGAGCGGGCGGGCGGCCGGAGCGCGGAGGGAUACGGAGCGAGCUGCGAUGGGAGGCGGGGCCGAGCGGGCAGCGGGAGCCGGGAAGUGGCCGAGCGGAUGGCGCAGCGCAGCGCAGCGCAGAGCCGAGCCCAGCGGGCACAGCGCCCCCGGGCAGCGCCGCUUCGGAGGGGGCGGCACCGCGACCCUCCUGCUGCCUCCCCCUGCUGCUCCCCGCCGGCUCCCCGCGAGGCCUCGGGGCGUGCAAGUGACACGGCGCUGCGGUUCCUUGUGCUGCUUGCAGGACAAGAAAGAAAAAAAUAUAUAUUGUUUUUCCGCUUUUUUAAACAUUUUGCUUUUUUUUUUUAAUUGUUUUUAUUUUAAUCGUUCUUCUCCUCGCAGAAAAAAAGCCGUCAGAGCGAUCGUGGCGCCUUGAAUCGCCGCUCGGCCUCGGACGCGCCGUGAGGUAAAUAACUGCCGGCCGCUCGGGGCUGCGGGCACGGGUGGGCCGGACCGGGGUAAAAGCGGUACAGGUAAAGCGAGACCCGUGGUCACCCUCCAUUUAUAAAAGGUAAAUAAAUAGAAAUGGACGACGAUCGCCAUCCCGGCCCGGUAAGUCGCGGUGUCACGGAGCGCUGCCAUCCGUUUCGCGUUGUGCCGGCCCGGCUCCGCGCUGUAUCCGGAGCUGGGCACCUUCCGUGCGGCUCAAAAUGUCUCCCCUUGUGUACCAGCUCCCGUUCUGUCUUUGGGCUCCGUUUGAAAUAAACGCUUUGAGCUGAAUCGAAAUGGGCAAAAUUGGAUCAUCCGGUGUCAAAUAAAGGCUGAUGAAAUGAAGUGACUCGGGUCGUUCUUAGCGCUGCACGACGUGUACGGAAAGCUCACUAAUGUACGGCAUCAACCUACCCCACGAGGAAGAGGGGAUUUGUAUCGGUUAAGGAGUCUGAAAGCAGAUGAAAACCGCCGUGGAUAUAGCGAGCUUCCCCGUUCUACGGCGACUCGUAACUUUCCUCGAUGUGCUUCAAAUUCCAGCCACAGAAUCAAAACGUUUCGAUGCUAAAAUAAAGGUUUUUGUCUUUUAUUUAAUGUUUUAGAGCGCCUCCCAAAAUGGAAUCGCAGUCUCUGAGCACAGCAGUGCUACAGGCAGCGCUCAAUGAGAGCUCUCACAAACGCACAUCCCACUUCUCCUUACUGAUGAGAUCUGAUUUUUUCUCCUUCCUUAUUUGUGGCUUAACACGAACCCCACUGUCCAUGACACAAGAUGUGGGGUUGUUGCUGUCUGCUGAGACGAGCUCAGGCCAGUUGUAAGAAUUCCUGCAGCAGCAGCAAUAAAUACUCCAUUAAUUUUAGGGAGGUUCACGGGAUUUUUGUUAUUUCUCCCAUCUCAAUUCAGUGGAGAAUGUUUUUGUUACAUGGAGAAAAAUACCCCCAGCUCUGAUUUUUAUAGGCUCAAGUGUUGUUGCUUUCAAAUGAUUCUCCUUCCUUCGCGUGAUUUAUCACCUUGCGUUAUCCUUAAGUACAAACGCAUCGCUGCUGUUUUAUCACUGAGAUUUAAUGGUUUGGUUGUUUUUUUCUGAGCUGUUUUCACUCUGAAAGAUCUCAAUUUAAGGGGGGGAAGAGAGGAAUUAUUUUUCUUCUUUGGGUAUAAUAAUCGUUUGAGUAAAAAAUGCAAACCUCCAAUUAUUUCAAUCUGGUGAUUUGGCUGUUUUAACACUGACAGCACUGCCUACUCUUGCAGAUACAAAGAUUGUGACUUUCAGAUGGGAAUGUCCUUCAAUUACUGUUUGCUGUGGGGAACUAAGGAUGUAUGUAAUAUCUUUGAUUUCUCCUUGAUUUUUAUGUAGGGUUUGUUGUUGUUUUGUUGUUGUUUUUUUUUUUAAUUUUUGCUUGUUAUUGUUUUUAAUUACUUUCCCGUUAUUAAUAUUUCCCCAUACAUUAGUUUAUCAGCGUGGUUUAAUCACGCUGUAACCAGAAAGUGCGCUGCUCGCUGGCUGCGGCGCUCGCUGUGAAAGGCUUUCUGUUCCUUGUGAAAUCUGGGCUUUUCUUUAUAGACAAAGAGAAGUAUUUAUGGUUUGUAAAUCACCGGGCUGGACAAUGUAGCUAAAUAUUUGAAGCACAAUAUUGGGGGUUGGGGGGGCUGAGAGCUACAUAAAGCAUUAACUGAG